AUGCCUGAAUUUAUCAUUGGCGUUGAAUACUGUGGUUUGCCUCGCUGUUGUGGCACCUGUGGUGUUUUUGGACAUGAUUGUUCUCUUCCGCCUGCUGGAGUUCCUACCAAGCGUGUCUGGCGACGUAAACAAGCCAAUGUUCUUGCAUUGGGACAAACUGAGACUGCUGGUGCUGAUGUUGGGAUUUCAUUGCCUGAGCAAGUGGUGCAGGAUGUUGGCGAGAAGGAAAUUGUACAGGAUACAGGUAAAGGAGCUACUGUGGAUAAAGGUAAAAAGGUCAUGGAAGAUUCUACUCCCCCUGUCACUCCGAGUGCUCUACCUUCUCAAGAAGAAUUUAAUAAAGUGAUUAAUGGUGCUAAAGCAAGGUCUAACCUGAAGCUGCCUACUCCUGUAUUGCAUUCGAAUGCGUUUGAAUUACUGUGUGGCCAAAGAGAUAUUAUAUUGCAGGCUCCUCCAAAAAAAGGAGGUAGAGAUGGUCUUCGAAGUAAAGGGGGAACCACCAAGGUGGUUGCUACCCGUAAAUGA